CUCUGGCUGCCUCUGCUUGGGCAUUAAUGACAUUGUUUAUGAACUAGUCUCGCUUCUCCUUCUCAUUUACCCCUUAUGUUAUGGAUUAUUUGGCUGGACCUCGCUCUAGGCUCAUUCUCUAGCUGAUCAACAAAGCUAGAGCCCGUGGCUGUGGCUUAAAAUCGACCUCAGGGGAUUACUCCAGACCAUCUCCACAGUCUGAGCUCCUGUGUCGCAGGCUGAGACACUGUGUUUCCAGCACCAGAACAGCACUACCAUCGACCCUAGCUCACAGUGCGGGCUGCCUGCGGGAAGAUCCACCUUUUCUGCUGCCGCCCAAUGGGCCUUGGAUGUCAUAGUAAUCCCCUUCUCCCAUCCAUCCCCCGUAUCCACCUCAUUCAUAUCUCGGCUGGUCUUGUCUCGGGCUCUUGUGCUUCGCCUCCUCCUCAUAUUCAACCUCUGCCAUCUUUUGUUCAAUUUGAACCUCCUUUCCCUUCCCAACCAGUCGGCGCACAGUGUCCUUUUCAUCUCGUCGACUUGCGAUCCUUCACCCAUCCAAACAGCGGCCGGUUUACGCUUCCACGCAUGCGGGGUUACAAAUCAUCCAUUUGUUGAACACUCUGCCACGCCAUCAGCCUCCUGCUUGAUCAGGAGUUUGUCAGCGCGCAGUGAACACUCGUUGCUUGACCCUUCGAUCCUGCAACACUUGUUGGCUGUCGAUCUUUGACCCCAACCAUCAAAUACCUCGUUGACAUCAACAACAAUGUCUUGGAAGCUUACCAAGAAGUUAAAGGAAACCCAUCUGGGUCAAUCCUUGAGCCCUUUCUCUCGAUCCCCCUCUACUUCAACCAUCACCGAAAAGGAAAAGGAUGGCCAGGCUAGCGGCGCUGUUACGCCUACAACGGAAAGUGCCAUAGGUGAGCAGAUUGGACUGGAGUAACGUCAGUAUCUGACUUGAACAGCUGCCUCUGAGGCCAUGACACAGGCACCUGUUGUUAAGCCUCCGAAGCCCGGUAUCCUCGUUGUCACCCUCCACGAAGGUCAAGGCUUUUCUCUUCCUGAGCAGCACCGAAGUGCUUUUGCCUCGUCGCACCAAGGAUCGAUGUCUUCGUCCAACGCCCUUGGAAUGUCUGGCUCUGUUCGACCAGGAUCUUCACAACGUGUCGCCGGAUCAUUUGUUAACGGCAGUAACCGACCGCACUCUUCAGCAGGCGGCUUUAACGGCAUUCCCACCAACCACGGUCGAAUUUCUGGAAAGUACAUGCCAUACGCCCUCCUCGAUUUCGACAAGGUCCAGGUCUUUGUCAAUUCGGUCGAUGGAAACCCCGAGAACCCUUUGUGGGCCGGUGGAAACACCCAGUACAAGUUCGAUGUGUCAAGAGUGACGGAGCUCGUCAUCCACCUGUACAUGCGCAACCCGAAUGCGCCACCCGGAUCUGGACGAAGCCAGGAUAUCUUCCUCGGUGUUGUCCGCAUCAACCCCCGAUUCGAAGAGAGACAGCAAUACGUGGAGGACCCCAAGGCCAGCAAGAAGGACCGCGAGAAGGCUGCUGCUGAGCACGCAGCGCGCAAUGGUCACCAAGGUGCCGAGUGGGUCGACGUGCAAUAUGGAACAGGCAGAAUCAAGGUUGGUGUCGAGUAUGUCGAGACUCGAGCAGGUAAGCUCAAGAUUGAGGACUUUGAACUACUCAAGGUCGUCGGCAAGGGCAGUUUCGGCAAGGUCAUGCAGGUACGCAAGAAGGACACGAACCGAAUCUACGCUCUCAAGACCAUCCGAAAGGCGCACAUUAUCUCGCGAUCCGAAGUCGCCCAUACACUCGCCGAGCGAUCUGUGCUGGCACAGAUCAAUAACCCUUUUAUCGUACCUCUCAAGUUCAGUUUCCAGUCACCGGAGAAGCUUUACUUUGUUCUCGCCUUUGUCAACGGAGGCGAGCUGUUCCACCACUUGCAAAAGGAGCACCGAUUUGACGUCAACCGAUCCCGCUUUUACACUGCUGAGCUUCUGUGCGCCCUGGAAUGUCUGCACGGCUUCAGCGUCAUUUACAGAGAUCUCAAGCCCGAGAACAUUCUUCUGGAUUACCAAGGCCAUAUCGCUCUUUGCGACUUUGGUCUUUGCAAGCUUGAUAUGAAGGAUGAGGACCGUACCAACACAUUUUGUGGUACACCCGAGUACCUCGCCCCAGAGCUGUUGAUGGGUCAAGGUUACAACAAGACAGUCGAUUGGUGGACUCUUGGUGUUUUGCUGUAUGAGAUGUUGACAGGUCUGCCACCUUUCUACGACGAGAACACCAACGAGAUGUACCGCAAGAUUCUAUCAGAGCCUCUUCACUUCUCUGAUGUGGUUCCCCCAGCUGCCAAGGAUCUCCUCACCAAGCUUUUGAACCGCAACCCUGAGGAGCGACUUGGUGCCAAUGGAUCAGCUGAGAUUAAGGCGCAUCCUUUCUUCCAUGCUAUUGACUGGAGGAAGCUUCUACAGCGCAAGUACGAGCCUACAUUCAAGCCCAGUGUGGCUGACGCUCUGGAUACUGCCAACUUUGACCCCGAAUUCACAUCCGAAGCCCCUCAAGAUUCCUACGUCGAGGGCCCCAUGCUCUCUCAAACCAUGCAAAACCAAUUCCAAGGAUUCAGCUACAACCGUCCGAUCGCUGGACUCGGAGAUGCAGGCGGCAGUGUCAAGGAUCCAUCGUUCGUCGGUAGUUUGACAGAUAACCGAUAGGUCACUGGGCUGGAUGAGGAAUAACGGGUAGACAGCGAGCAGGACUGGCUGACUCGGACAUGGUAUCAGUCUUGUCGAUGAGCCGGCAGAGGAGGGGAGGGAACACGUGUAAGCCAUGAUAAGGACAACCUAGGAGGUGGAAACCUAGAGGAUGAAUGUAGAUAAGAAGCCUUUAUUUGCUUUGGCGUGUUGGAGUUUGAUACACUCGUUAGUUCUGUGGAUAUGUCAUUCUGUCAAUGUAGAUGUCUUUCCGUGAGUUUGUAUCGGUGACUGCUGUUUAUUGUGCACUCUUCAUCAUUCGUGACAAUGGUUAUUGUUUCGAUCAUUGUUCGUGAGGUUAGUAUGGACAAUGAGACCUCACACCUUGCUUCAUUGUCUUUCGACGCCAACGCUGACUUAACUCUGCAACUGGCCUGAAGAGACCAUUACCUUGCACUCGAACUCGAGACCAUAACUGAUCAAUUUUAUGUUCAAGGUCUAACGCUCCCGCGCAACGAUGUUCAGUAGUCGACUCUGAUUGACUUUCAAACAACAUUCGCCACAACACCAACCAACAACAAUCGGCAACAGACAGACAGAAGGAGAAGAAGGACAAAAUGCAAAAAGCAAUGCUCACUGCAGGGUUCGAACCUGCGCACAUUAAAUGUAGCAGAAUCCUCAGCAGUUGAGAGCUUAAGUCUGCCGCCUUAACCACUCGGCCAAGUGAGCUAUUGAGAAAGGCGUUAUUUUUCGAGUCGUAGCAGGGUCCAAGUAAAAUGUCACGCCGCCGAAUUCCAUUCAGGUUUGGGGUCUCCAUGAGGCUUUUUCGGAAAAGGUUGGGGGUGUUUAUGAUGGAUGAGGGAUAUCAUGACAACCCAUGCAUGCUUCAAGAGUCUAGGCUAGGCUAUAGGCUGAAGUGAAGUGGAAAAGUUUUAAUUGAGGCUGAGAUCGGAGAGAUUGCCGGUGUUGGGGGAAAGGUGAGAGUCAGCUCGGUGAGGACAUCGAGAAAUUACUACGUUGCUAGCCUAUGCUGUAUUCAGUUUACAGUCAGUCUUUUCUAUUGAUGAGACACUAUCCU